AUGGACUCUAAGCUCUUCUUAUUAAGGAUAACCUUGAUCCAAAUCACGGAGCGGUUACAGUACUUGGAGGAGGAGAGGGACGUGAUGGAUAUGAGGACCCUACUCAUACAGGAUCAGCUGCAGGAGACGAGGGAUGAGCCCCAGUUCCAUCAUCAGGUGUUGGAGGAGGUGAUUAGCCAUACAUGCCGAUUGGAGCUCCAUGUGGAGAGGAUGGAGUCUCGAUUUUCCUUGUCUGACAUUUGGUUGGAGUUAGAAUAUAGACUGUUGGUUCAGUUGAUGGCACUCUUGAUAGUGUACUGUGGAUUUUAG